GUCCCCUCGUCCUGCCUUCGCCUCCCAGGCACCCACCCUCCACCCCUCAAAGCCCCUUCUAUUUUGCAAAUGUAGUUUGUGAUAGAAUGGCCAAUGCAAAUGUCAGCCAGCAGGAGAAGCCUUCAGCUAUUGGAAAAAUGUAGGAAUAUGAGACAGCUGAAGCAAGCUCAUGGACAGGCCAUUACAUGUGGGCUUGGAGCUAACAGCUAUGCCCUUAGUAGACUCUUGGCCUUCUGCUCUGACCCAGCUCACGGCAGCUUAUUUCAUGGCUAUAAAAUCUUUGAACAAAUUGAACAGCCUACAAUUUGCAUCUGCAACACAAUGAUCAAAGCCCUUUUGCUGAAAAAGGAACUAGAGAAGACUAUAGCAAUAUACAAAGACAUGUUGAGAUAUGGAAUGUACCCUGACAAUUAUACGCUUCCUUACAUGUUAAAAGCUUGUGCUAACAUGGAAAACUAUAAUCUUGGGGAGUUAAUUCAUGGGCAUUGCUUCAAAUUGGGAUUCUUGUUCAACACUUAUGUGGUUAAUUCUUUGAUUUUCAUGUACUCUGGCUUUCUUAAUAUGGAAGCAGCAAGAUUGGUUUUCGAUGAAAUGCCUUGGCCUUGUGUUGUGUCACGGACAUUACUGAUUAGUGGUUAUGCUAAAAAAGGGGAUGUAUAUGGAGCGCGAUUGGUUUUUGAUGAGGCAGAAUUGAAGGAUAGAGGGAUUUGGGGCGCUAUGUUGUCUGGUUAUGUUCAAAAUAACUGCUUUAAGGAAGGCUUGCAGUUGUUUAGGCUGAUGCAGUUAGAUGGGAUUGAACCUGAUGAGGCUAUACUUGUUAGUGCACUUUGUGCUUGUGCUCAUCUGGGUUGUCUUGAUAUUGGAAUUUGGGUGCAUAGAUAUGUUGGAAAGUGUAAUCUGCCAUUGAGUGUUAAGUUGGGGACUGCUCUAAUAGACAUGUAUGCAAAAUGUGGGUACUUGGAUGUGGCAGAGAAAGUGUUCUAUGAAAUGCCAAGAAGAGAUGUUAUUUGUUGGAAUACCAUGAUUUCAGGGUUUGCAAUGAAUGGAAAUGGCAAAGGGGCUCUUAAAUUGUUUAGGGAAAUGGAAAAGAAUGGAAUCAGGCCAGAUGAUAUUACAUUCAUUUCUUUGUUUACUGCUUGUAGUUAUUCCUGCUUGGCUCAUGAAGGUUUAAUGUUGUUAGAUGUUAUGUGCAACGUGUAUGGACUGGAAGCAAGAAGUGAACAUUAUGGAUGUAUAAUUGACUUCCUCAGCCGUGCCGGGCUUCUUGAAGAAGCGAAGAAUAUAGUUCACAGGAUGCCCAACUCUGAUGGUUCCUCAGAGGAAACAAUUGCAUGGAGGGCAUUAUUGAGUGCUUGUUGCAGUCAUGGAGAAAUUCAUUUGGCUGAGGCAGCUGCUGAGAGGCUCGUGCAACUUGAACGCCACAGUGGAGCGUAUGUGCUGCUAUCAAAUGUAUAUUCUGCUGCAGGAAGAUACGAUUGCGCAAAAAGGAUGCGCAAGAAGAUGCGAAGCCAAGGUAUAGAUAAGGCACCAGGUUGCAGCUCAGUGGAGAUUAAUGGUGUUGCUCACGAGUUUAUUGCGGGCGAGAAGACGCAUUUGCUCAUGGAUGAAGUAUGUGGACUUCUGGAGAUGCUUCAUAAGCAGUCAGAUUUUUCAUGGUGUGACUCAAGAUUUUUCUUAUCAGACAACGUUGCAUUAUUAGACAAUCGACUUAUUUGAUGCGAAUAAGCACUAUCAACAUUCAGCUAUACCACAUGCAUGCUGGGUUGCAUGAGUUUGAUGAGUGCUUCACUCAUCUAACGCACUGGAUGGGAGUUUACCUUAAGGAUACAUGCUUUAUACAGUUAUCUCUUCCGAGUCAAGUUGAGUAAAUUGUGUAAAUUGCUCUAUUCUCUUUGAAGGGAUAUGAAAUGUUGUAGCUGCAUUGUGAUAAUUUGUUCGAGAGGUGUUGCACAUAUAUUCAAUUUCAUUGACGCCAUAAGAUUUAUGCUCCCAAGAGCAUUAA